AUGAUUCCCCUAGAGUUUGAGCCAGAGGUCUACGGUCGACCCUUGUCAGAUUAUGUCACGAAUGAAGUAUUGAAAGAAAUUCUGACGCAUGGAAUGGCCAGCACAAAUGCCUAUAACUUUUAUAUCAGAUAUCUUUUCAAGAACUUUAUAGCCCCCAGUGGCCUUGAUGACAAGUUCAAGAUUAUCAGCCCCCACACUUUCGCUAGCCACAUACCUGAUAUGAAGAAAGAUUUAUCCAGAGACUUGUUGGAUAUCUUCAUUUCUAGGGCAGUACCGGGGUCUCAGACUUUGUUUUUGGCGCCUUACUGUCAAGGGGCUUUGUGGCUAUACCGCACAAAUCAAGCCUUACCCUGCCCCCCGGUAAAAAACGGCCAAUUGGACGAUACCUUCCCAUGGAAGAAAGUGAAGUGCCCAUGUCAGCCCAAAAAAAGCUCCCAUUGUGGAUAUUGCGUGAUGAAAUUUAUGAAGGAGAUAAUUAUGCACAAUGCUGACACAAUCCCUACGCAGUACUUUACUGACACAUAUUGCACAGUGUAUUCAUCCGCUCAGAUGGAAGAAAUCGUUGAAGAGUUGGCGAUGGCCUUAUUCUGUCAGUGGGCACAAAAUAGAUAG